AGAACCCUAAAAGAGAGAUUUAGGGUUUAAGAGGGUCUAGGGUUGUGGAGGCGCGAGGAAUGGGGACGAAGAAGAAGAAGACUCAGCUCCUCUCGGAUUCUUCCGAUUCUGAUGAGGGCGAUCAUGCUGGUGCUGCAAAUGCAAAUGGGAAGGCUGGUAAGAAGGGAUUCACUGAUGAGAACAAGGCGUGGCUAAAGCCAAAGCAGCGACUCGACGAUGAUGAAGACGAAGAAGAGGAGGAGGACGGGGAUGAAGGAACCAGCGACGAGGAUGAUGACGAAGAGGAGGAUGAUGAGUUCGAUGUGGAGCGUAAAUCCAAGAAAUUAGAUGCGAAGAGGGCUCAAGAGCAAGCAGACGCUGAUGCCGAGCUCCAGACGAACAUCCAGGCGGAGGGGGACGAGCCGGAUGAUUUUAGACUUCCUACCUCGGAGGACCUUGAAGCUGAGGCAAGCUUGCCACCUGAUCUUCCCAGCGUCCAGCGAAGGAUCAAAGACAUUGUCAGAGUUUUGUCAAACUUUAAGGCUCUGAGGCAAGAGGGCCGGGCUCGCAAGGAUUAUACCAAGCAGCUGAUUGCGGAUGUGGCAUCGUACUAUGGUUACAAUGAGUUUCUUGCGGAGUAUUUUAUGCAGAUGUUUCCAGUAGCUGAAGCGGUAGAGUUUUUAGAAGCGAAUGAGACGCCCCGACCAUUGUCUCUUCGGACCAACACCCUGAAGACAAGGCGGCGAGAUUUGGCCGGAGUUCUCAUCAAUAGAGGCGUGAAUUUGGAUCCAAUCGGAAAAUGGUCUAAGGUUGGUCUUGUAGUAUACGACUCUCAAGUUCCCGUGGGAGCAACACCUGAGUACAUGGCUGGUCACUAUAUGCUUCAAAGUGCAAGCUCCUUUCUUCCGGUGAUGGCCUUGGCACCUCAAGAAAAAGAACGGAUAGUUGACGUCGCUGCCGCUCCGGGAGGGAAGACAACUUACAUAGCUGCGCUGAUGAAAAAUACAGGUUUAAUAUAUGCAAAUGAGUUAAAGGUACAAAGGUUGAAGUCUCUUACGGCCAACAUUUAUCGAAUGGGUGUGACUAACUCAGUUGUGUGCAAUUAUGACGGGCGCGAGUUGCCAAAAGUCCUUGGGCGAAACUCCGUUGAUCGUGUGUUACUGGAUGCUCCUUGCAGCGGGACUGGAAUAGUGGGAAAAGACCAAUCUGUGAAGCUUACAAAAUCUUUAGAGGACAUACAGCGGUGUGCCUUUUUGCAAAAGGAGUUAAUCCUAGCAGCCAUAGACCUUGUUGAUGCGAAUUCUAGCAGCGGUGGAUAUCUUGUGUACUCAACUUGCUCCGUUACGGUUGCAGAGAACGAAGCUGUAGUGGACUACGCAUUAAAAAAGCGACAUGUCAAGGUUGUCCCGAGUGGACUCGAGUUUGGCAAGGAAGGAUUUAUUCGUUUUAGAGAAAAACGUUUUCAUCCGUCACUGGCCAACACUAGACGCUUUUAUCCUCACGUACACAACAUGGAUGGCUUUUUUGUGGCUAAGUUAAAGAAGCUGAGCAACAAAAUUCCAGAGGCCAACAAGGAAACCGACGAAGCCGAGGUUGAAAACGUCCAAGAGUUGGAGCAAAAGCCCGCUAUUACUCUUGCUCCAAAAGAUGCAUCUCCAGCCAAACAGAACGGCGUGGAGAAGCCACAAGGCAAGAAGAGGAAGCGGCUUCUAAGGCGGGACUUGAAAAACCUGCCCUCCAAAGAAGAAAUAUCCCGUGCAAGAGAAGAGAAGAGAGCAACAGCAAGAAAAACAACGAAGCCAAAGUCAGCUGCGAAGUAAGAUCGAAUUUUUCUUUUUGUAUUCUAUACUUUCGAGCUUACAAAAUAAUCUUGUUAACAAAGUAUCAAAAUUUUAAAUGGAGCUCUCACUUGUUCUCUGUA